GACCUAGCUACAUAAUAAUCAUUCUCUAUAUAAACUCAUUUAUCCAAUUCAUCUAUUGAAACCUCUCAUAAUAUAUUACGCUACCUAUUAACUGAUAAAAAAUUUUGACAUAAAUAUGGGUAUGAGGGGAUUUUCGAUGGUUGUAAUUGUGUUGUGUACAUUUUUAUGUUAUUGCGAAUCUCAAGAACAACCAGUAGAAUUAUCAAGAAAUGAACUUCUAGAAAUAGAGAAUCAACUUGAGCGACUGAACAAAUCAUCAAUCAAGAUUAUAAAAACACAAUAUGGAGAUAUUUAUGAUUGUAUUAAUUUUUACGAACAACCAGCAUUUGAUCAUCCUUUAUUGAAGAAUCACAAAUAUGAUUUUCAGAUGCGACCUUCUUCUCAUCCCAAAUUGAUGGUUAGGGAAGACAAGCCUCCAAAGAAUGUGAAAGAAGUAUCAAUAAAGGGUGAAAAAUGUCCAACUGGGUAUGUUCCAAUAAGAAGAACUACUAAGGAAGAUCUGAUCAGAGCCAAACUAUUUACAAAGUCUUAUACCUCAAGAAUUAAUUCUCCUCCUACUUUUCAUCAUGCACUUGUUUACACAUCUGAUUCAACCAAGAAAUACAAUGGAGGUGGAACAUUUGCAAGUUUUUACACACUAUAUAAUGUCACUGGCUCACAAUAUACUUUUGGUCGAAUCAAAUUACAAAAUGGACUAGAUAUCAUUCAAGCUGGUUGGGGAGUAAAUCCUAGUGUAUACGGGGAUAAUCAAACUCGGAUCUUCAUAUAUUUUCAGGCUGGCGAAGUAUCUUGUUUCAACACAGUGUGUCCAGGGUUCGUUUUGGUUGAUCCCCAACCUAUGAUUGAAAUGACUCUAAGAGAAACUCAUCCUGGUACUUUACCUACAUGGGAAAUUGGUAUCAAUAUUUAUCGGGAUCAAAUUACUGGAAAUUGGUGGCCUCAACUUGGAAAGAAUCGUGAUCAAAUUGGAUAUUGGCCAUCAAGCAUAUUUAGUGGUGGAUUGAAAGACUUGGCUACAUAUAUUGAUUGGGGAGGAGAAACUUACAGUCCACUUGGUCAAAUCGGUCCUCCAAUGGGCUCUGGUUUACUUCUAAAACAAGAUACUCGUUAUGACGCAUUUUGUAGAUUUUUAACAACUAUAAAUGAGGGGCACAUACAAGAAGAUGCUAAAAAUACAAAAAUUUCUUCUAUCGACAUUGACUUUUAUUUAGUUAAAGAUUGGGGAUUUCAUCGUAACUUUGGACAUGUCAUGACAUAUGGUGGCCCUGGUCCUAGAUAAUUUCUUUACAUUGUAUUACCCACCAAAAUAACAUUUUAAUGAGAAAAAAAUAAAUAUAUUAAUAUUUGUGCUUUUGAUAGAGUUGAUUAUAAAAUAUAAUAUUA